AUGAAGUCCUUCGCCAUCGCCGCCUUUCUGGCGUCCACCGUCGCUGCUCUGCCCACCGGCACCAGCACCUUCAGCUGCAUUCCUUCCGGUGCCGCUCCCACUGGCUUUGUUCCUGAAAUCCCCUACUGCUCCUCAACUCCUACUGCCAUGCCCACUGCCAUUCCUACCCCUAGUGCCAGUGCUCUCAGCUCUUUCACCAGCGGCAGCAGUGCUGGCAACGCUGUUCACAGCGUCUUCACUGUGACCCAAGGCGGCAAGAAGAUGCUCGUCGAGCUUGAGCAGGGCUUCGCCCAGAAGCUCACCGGCCUGAAGCUCGGCAGUGUCACCGACACCAUCGGUUCCGUCUUGGACAUCGCCAACUCCCCCAGCCAACUUAACACUAACGGUCUGACCUCCGGUGUUCUGACCGUCGCCACUACCGAGGGCAAGUACGCCCUGGUCCAGCUCACCUCCGAAGUUGAGACUGUUCUUUCUCCUCUUCUGUCGGCUCUGGGUGGCGUUACCCAGGUUGUCGGUGAUCUCGUCGGCACUCUCGAGGAAGUCGGCAGCCUUGCCAACCUGAAGCGUGACCCUGUCUCCGACAUCAUGAGCAUCACCGGUGAGAACGGCAACAGCAUCCUCGUUCAGGUUGAGCCUACCGUCCUCGGUCUCCUUGGCGAACUGAACCUGGGCUCCCUCCUCGGCGGCGGCUCCAGCCAGUCCUCCCCUCUCGGUUCCGUCGUCGGCGAGGUCCCCAUCGCCGGUGACCUCGUUGAGCAGGCUACCUCCCUCGGCGCCGACCCUACUCAGCUGAUCGCUGUCCUCAGCCAGGACGGCUCUUCCGCUCUCCUUGUCAAGGUCGAGAGCACCGCAACUGGCCUCUUGUCCACCCUCGGCCUCUCCAGCCUGGGCCAAACUGUGGGCAGUGUCGUUUCCUCUACCCCUUUGUAA